UCUCCUUUUUCAGUCUCUCGAAGGUGGCGACCUUCGGUCGCUGCCAAGCGCUGACGGGUCCGGACGCCCGGCCCCGGCCGGUCCCGCUGAGCGCCGCUGCAGCCGCAGCGCCAGGGAUCCUCGGGGCCCCGCUCCAGCCGCUUCCCGGAAUCUCCGAGGGGCGGUGACAGGGCCGGGGCGCGGGCGGGGCAGUCCUGCCGUGCCCCGCCGGCCCCCGGGAGCCGCUGCCGUUCCGUGCCGUGCCGUCCGAGGGCGUUUUGCAGCCUUAGGGAAGCCAGGCUGCCCCCUCCCCAUUGAAGGCCGUGGAACAUGGGUUUCCUGGGCAAGCUGGCGGCGCUGCCAAAACUUAGCGGUGCGGUGGCGGGCCGGGGCGGUGGUGCCUGGCGGCCGGGCCGGCCCCGUGCGGCCGUCCCGCUCCCGGCCCNCGGCCCGGGCCACGGCCGCCCCCCGCCCGCCGCCCGGCGGCCGCGCCGCCUCCUCCCGGGCGCCCGGCAAGUACGAGGAAGUUUUUCGGUCCUGCCUGGCGGAACCCGAGAAGGUCUGGGGAGAAGUCGCCGAGCAGAUCCAGUGGUACAAGCCGUGGGUCCGGACCCUAGAGAGGGACAGCCUGGGCAGCGCCUCCUGGUUUGUAGGUGGAGAGCUGAAUAUCUGUUACAAUGCUGUAGAUCGUCAUGUUGAGAAUGGACGAGGAGACCAAAUUGCCAUUAUUUAUGACAGUCCUGUAACAAAUACCAAAGAGAAAAUAACAUAUAAGGAACUUUUGGAACAGGUCUCCAAGUUAGCUGAUGUCAUGAUCAAACAUGGUGUGAAGAAAGGAGAUCGUGUGGUCAUCUACAUGCCCAUGAUUCCACAGACAGUGUACUGUAUGCUGGCUUGUGCGAGAAUAGGAGCCAUCCAUAGCCUGAUUUUUGGUGGAUUUGCAUCUAAAGAGCUUUCAGUUCGCAUUGAUCAUGCAAAGGGCCAUGUUCCUCUUACCAAAGGUCGUGAUCUUGACUGGGAAGAAGAGCUUGCAAAAGCCCAGUGUUCAAAAUGUGUCUCCAUUCCCUCAGACCAUCCACUUUAUAUUCUGUAUACGUCUGGAACAACAGGUUUGCCCAAGGGUGUUGUGAGACCAACUGGUGGCUAUGCUGUUAUGCUGAAUUGGACCAUGUCAGCUGUAUAUGGCCUCAAACCUGGUGAGGUAUGGUGGGCGGCUUCUGAUUUAGGCUGGGUUGUUGGUCAUUCCUACAUUUGCUAUGGACCUCUCCUUCAUGGUAAUACUACAGUUUUGUAUGAGGGGAAGCCUGUGGGAACGCCAGAUGCUGGUGCCUAUUUCCGUGUGCUAGCAGAGCAUGAAGUAGCUGCCUUCUUUACUUCACCAACUGCAAUUAGAGCAAUCCGUCAGCAGGACCCUGAGGCAGCCUUAGGAAAGCAGUACUCGCUGAAAAGGUUCAGAAUGAUGUUUGUAGCUGGUGAGCACUGUGAUGUGGACACGCUAGAAUGGGCAAAAAGAGUCUUCAAGGUACCUGUCUUGGACCACUGGUGGCAAACUGAAUCUGGUUCUGCAAUUACGGCUUCCUGCAUUGGUUUGGGGAACUCUACAACACCUCCACCUGGACAGGCAGGAAAACCAGUGCCAGGAUAUAAUGUCAUGAUUCUGGAUGAAAAUAAGAAACCAGUGAAGGCAAAGACUUUGGGAAAUAUUGUGGUAAAGUUGCCUUUGCCUCCUGGAGCAUUCUCAGGUCUUUGGGAAAAUCAAGAAACAUUUCAGAAGUUAUAUUUCCAAAAGUUUCCAGGAUAUUAUGAUACUAUGGAUGCUGGUUAUAUGGAUGAAGAUGGCUAUCUGUAUGUGCUGUCUCGAGCUGAUGAUGUGAUCAAUGUUGCUGGACACAGAAUUUCUGCAGGUGCUAUUGAAGAGUGUAUUCUCUUCCAUCCUGCUGUGGCAGACUGUGCUGUUGUGGGCCAGGAGGAUCCUUUAAAAGGACAUGUUCCAUUUGCACUGUGUGUACUGAAAGAAGGUAUAAAGACACAAGAGAGUAAGAUUUUGGAAGAGAUUGUUGAGCGAGUUCGGACCAACAUAGGUCCAGUAGCAGCUUUCCAGAAGGGGAUGUUUGUGACACAGCUACCAAAAACACGCUCUGGCAAGAUUCCACGUUCUGCUCUUUCUGCACUCAUCAGUGGAAAGCCAUACAAGAUAACACCAACCAUUGAAGAUGCUAGUGUGUUUAAACACAUUGAAGAAUUGCUAAAGAAAAAUUAAAUGGGAUAAUACAUAAUAAUGAGCAUUUCAGUUUUUCAAGUAUACAAAGAAGCUUUUUCUUGUUAAUAACACAUUUUAAAAGCAAAUAAUGAUUUGGGACUAAAUGUUUUUACUGCACAAUCAUUACUCUGUUCUUUGCCAUCUUGCCACAGCCACUGACACACAAUAAAGUCUCUGCAUGCUGUCAAUAUAUGCUGGUUAUUAAGAUGGCUAAGAAUUGCAAAUAGAAUUCAUACAUUGCUGUAGUUUUAAAGGGCAGGAGUCAUUGGAUUAUCCAUCUUAUAUGGUGUCAUGUAACUUUGCAUUUCAAUCUGUUAUUUUAUAAUGUGACCAGUAACUUUUCUUUGGCUAAAGCAGCUUACAAAAGGUAGACUAUGAACAGAGGACAGCAAAAAAGGAAUUUGAUUGUGAAAAUUGUUGCAGACAUAAAUUGUUCUUACUUGUAAAUUAUUAGCUCUUGUCUUCUAGAUUUUUUCUAAAAUUAAAAUUUUAAGAUUA